CGUUCAUGGACCGUGGUCAGCAAAUGGUGAAGGUGGUGGUACCCUCCGUUGCAGCUCUCCUCUGCACCGUCGUGCUCGACAAGCUGCUGCUGAGGAUGUUUGACGUUGCCAGUCGCUGAUGAGAGAGAUGGUUCUCUCUACGGCGACGUAUCUCCGAGUUUCACUUUCUCCGAAUUCGGACAACCGAGCAAACCGAGGGGUGCGGGGUCAAUUCCGUGCUAGAGGCGGGCUCGUCCUCGAUCGUGUCAACAAAAAGAUCAUGUCGAGGGUUUUCAGCGGACCUGACAGAGCAGAGUAGAAAAGAGGAGAUCCAGAGUGUGUCCUGUCCAAGCUGAGUUCCGGUCCAAACACACAUCGCUGCCUUCGAGGUUUGAAACUCGUCAACAUGGCUUAUGAAACCAGGCUCUUCAUCAACAACGAGUAUGUUAACUCCUCCUCUGGAGAGACGUUGACCAUCUACAACCCCAGCGAUGACACCCUGGUCACGGACAAAGUCCAGGUCGCCGGCGAGGCGGACGUCGACCGUGCCGUUGCUGCUGCCAAAGCUGCUUUCCCAGCUUGGUCGGCCAUGCCAGGUCUGCAACGUGCAGCCAUCAUGCUGAAGUUCGCCGAUCUCUUGGAAGCAAAUGCCGAGAAGCUCGGGAAGCUAGAGACCAUCUGUAUGGGCCAGCCCAUCACAGUAGCCACAGGGUUUGUAAAGGGUCCCGCUGCCAUCUGGAGGUACUAUGCCGGCUUUGCAGGUAAGAUUGCCGGCGAAAGCUACCCUCCAGAGGGAGAUGGAAGCUACAAAAUCGUCGCAUACGAGCCAUUGGGUGUUUGUGCUGGAAUCGCGGCCUGGAACGCUACCCACACAUUGGCGGCCUGGAAGAUGGCUCCAGCGCUCGCAGCGGGAAACACUUUCGUCUUCAAAUCUUCUGAGAAAUCUCCCUUGGGAGCUGCUGCAUAUGGCGACUUGAUCAAGGAAGCUGGGUUCCCGCCGGGCGUCAUCAAUGUGGUCACUGGAGCCGGCCCAGUCGGUGCAUUGCUGGCUUCUCACAUGGAAAUUGCAAAGAUUGCCUUCACAGGGUCGGCAGCCGGUGGCCGUGCGGUGCAGAUCGCUGCCGCAAAGUCCAAUCUGAAGCAUGUUUCGCUCGAGCUAGGCGGAAAGUCGCCUGCCUUGAUCUUCGACGACGCCGAUCUGGAGAACGCCCUUCUACACAACUCCGAAAACUUCUUGAGAAACUCCGGUCAGAUUUGUUUUGCGUCGUCAAGAGUUCUGGUUCAAGAAGGCAUCGCUCCCAAGUUCAUCGAGGGCAUUAAAACAUAUUUCGAGAAUGCGGCCAAGAAAAUGGGCGAUCCAUCUUUGCCCGAAACUGCAUUUGGCCCCUUAGCCGAUAAGAAGCAAUUUGAGAGAGUUAUGCAAUUCUUGAAGGACGGCAAGGCUGAGGGAGUUGAAGUCCUAACCGGGGGUGACCGUCUGGGCGACAAGGGAGCGUUUGUUCAGCCCACGGUGCUGCUCAAUCCAGACUUGAAGAGCCGAGUGUAUACCGACGAGAUCUUUGGUCCCGUGAUUUCUGUCAAGACUUUCAAGACUGAAGAGGAAGGCAUCCGGCUUGCAAAUGACACAAGCUAUGGCCUUGGAGCUACAAUAUACACCUCGGAUAUCCCUAGAGCAUUGCGGGUUGCCUCCAAGAUCGAAUCGGGUGCGGUGGGCGUCAACCAAGCGUUCAAGAACACUCCGCAAGUUCCAUUUGGCGGUGUCAAGCAGAGUGGAUAUGGCCGUGAGAGCGGAUAUGAAGGACUGCGAGGUUACUUGCAUACCAAGACGAUUAGCAUCAAUAUGGAAGUGAAGAGUCAGUGAGCCAGCCAGGCUUCUGAUCAUCGCUUGCCCACGGAAUGUUCUCUCAAGAGUUCAACCGUCCACACGGCAUCAACAACAAAAUUGAAAAGCAUAUAAUUCAAUAUACCACGUAUAGUGACGGACGGUGUGUCUGUUCGCAUCGAAUAAUGCCUUGAUAUUAGUAAUGUCGAAGGACUUGUGAAGGAACGACCGAGUAUGAGUCGAUGUAGCCUCAGUGUAUCGGCUCGGUCUGUUGAUAGCGGUAGUUUUCCCCGGAGUUUAGUU